AUGAAGCUCUCACGCCAGUCCCUCGCGGCCGCCCUCGUCGGCCUCGCAUCCGCCCAGACCAAUUUCACCGGCGACGUCCUCCAAGGCGCCCAGGUCGUCUCCUUCCUCGACCUCGCCGAUGUCCCGUCCAAUGCCGUGACAAGAUACUAUCUCCGCGUCGGCGAGCUGAACGGUGGACUCCCUUUGCAUCUCCCGGUUUUUGUCGCGCGCGGACCGCCGGAGACGCUCGCAACGGGGAAGAAGCUUAGUUUAUCAGCUGCGAUUCACGGGGAUGAGCUCAACGGGGUGAGGGUCGUGCAGCGGGUGUUUGAGGGGUUGGAGAGCGUGGUGGGGACUCUGAACGGGACGGUAAUCGGCAUCCCGACGGUCAACCCGCCAGGCAUCUACCUCAACCAGCGCAACUAUUUCACAGCGAGCAGUUCGGGCUUCCUGACAAACGUGAACCGCGUCUUCCCCGGCGUGGCACCCGAGGACGGCGCCAGCGGACCACAGCUGCUCGCGUACAAUGUCUGGAACGGACUCUGGGGGAACACCAGCCAGGUAGACGUGGGUAUUGAUCUGCACACCCUCUCAACCGGCUCCAACUCCUCCCUCUGGUGCUACGCCGACUUCCGCCUCCCCUACGUCGAGCGCCUGGCCAAGCUGCUGCAGCCCAACACGAUCAAGAUCGACCCGGGCGAGCCCGGCUCCAUCGAAACGACCUUCGUCUCCGCCGGCAUCCCCUCCAUCACCGUCGAGAUGGGCGCGGCCAAAGAAUGGCGCGUGAGCCUCAUCAACCGCGCCGUCGACUUCAUCGGCCGCGUCAUGGAAGACCUGGCUAUCCUCCCUGCCAGCAGCGCCAGCGGAGGUGCCGCAUACGUCCCGGACCUGAGCCAGACGUACAUCAUCACGACGUUCGAGGGGCUGGCGUCCAACUUCGGCGGCUUUGUGGAGCCGCUCGUGGGCGUGGAUCAGCACGUCACGGCAGGCCAGCAACUGGCGAAUAUUAGGAAUGUGUUUGGGGACGUGCUGCAGACCGUCACGGCGCCGGUGGAUGCGCGCAUCCAUCAGAUUGCCGUGGAUCCGAGCACGGAGCCGGGCGAGCGGGUCGUGCAGCUGGCGUACAAUUCUACGGACCCGGAGUGUGCGGAUGGGUGUGUUCUGUGA